GCUGUUGCCACUUCGGAACUGCACCGCAUCCCCCCAGUCGCCUGCACCGCGGCGUCUCCGAGAACGCAGCCGCCUGUGUCGCACGUCUGCACAGUCUUGAUGGGAGGAUCGUCAGACCAGCGGUCAGGCGCGAUAUUGCUCGCAGUGUCUGUCGUGUCCUAUGUGUACUACUUCUUGUGGGUCAUUAUCACGCCCUUUGUCGACAAAGGUCACAUCGUCCAGAGCUUCUUCCCUGAGCGCUACUAUGCGAUCGCGAUUCCUUCUAUCAUACUCGUCGUGUUCCUUACCAUCUGCUCAACCUUCAUCGGGCUUGUUAUGAUUCAGUCAAAGCCCCCAAAGCCGAAAACCGAGUAAGGCGGGGCGGGACUGCGCUGAACAAACUACUUCGCCGCGCCAGUGCGUCCCAUCGUCAAGGGCCCUCUUGGCAGGUUUUACAUCAGGACGUGUUCGGCCUCGCAAGAAAGACGGAUUCGAAUGCUGCUUUCGGCCCCGUGGUCAAGAAAACGAAGGACAACCGGGAAGUCGUGUAGUGGAGCAUAUUUCAAAAGCAUAGCUGCUUGUGCGUUUGCAUCAAAUGCAUUCUAAUGUGAUGAAGGAAGAUAGUCUAUUGAA